GCAGGUUCUCGGCGAAUUUGUGACACAGUGUUUCCGAGAAUCGCUGUUUGGUUUUUUAAUUUUCAUAGUCGACUUUAAUCGUAACAUUUAACGUAAAAUAUGUUAUUGUAUAGAAUAAAUAGGUUAAGGUUUGGCAGCGAGAAUUUGGCAGAUGAAGAGUGAUCGCAUCUGUGAUGAGUUCGGAUUUCUUCAGACAUGUGGGGAAACGAAGAAAAGAUAAACGAAAAAAAUAUAAUUAUACUCGACUAGAAACUGACGACGAAGAAAUUCAUGGCCGAGACACGACCGAAGAUGAAAUCUCGUCUUCUCAGGUUUAUCCUCUCAAAGAAAGGAAAUCGCCCCCAUCCAAAUCUGUCCAUUAUUUGGAACACCAAAUUCGGGAGGGCGACUCUCUUCAAAACUUAUCUCUCCUCUAUCGUUGCCCGGUAGCAGAAUUGAAAAGGGCAAAUAGAUUACUCAGCAAUCAAGAGUUUUAUGGCCUAAAGAAAAUUAAAAUUCCUGUUAAGAGUUACAGUAUUUUGACCGAGAUCUUACCCUCUGCCGGAUGCAGCAAUGGCACAGUUGAUGCAGAACAGGAAGGGGAAUCUGUAAGAACGUUCCACUUGGGGAUAGGUCGAGUCCUGAAUGGAGAGGAGAGAUCGGAAGCGGCGGCAUUCCUGAAGAAAAUGGAUGAAGACCUGACCAAAAUAAGGGAAUCCACAAAACUCUAUAAAGAUUCGUUAGAGGAGGCAGCUGUCACGCUGACUGCUCCGCAGUUCCGACCACUGGUGGACGGCGGGGGUGCAAAGUAUAACGGGGCUGACUGCGGUCUCCAGUGGAAGACACUGAUCGUGGUGAUAGUAGUCUUUGCAUUGAUUUUGCCAAUCAUCGUAAUUCUAUAUAUUCAGUUACACAAAAGUUUGGUGCCUCAGGUAAACAAUUCAACAGAAAUUCAUAGUCAGAAUGGUGGCUAAAUAUUUUUCUUACCGAGAUAUAUUUUUAAUGUGAGCAAUAAAUUAAUACUUCAAAAAAAUUUUCUAGGACAAAUUAAAAUUUACUCAGUCUGAUAUACUAAAAAACUCAGGAGUUUUGGUUGUUAAAAUCUUAAUUACUUGUAAAUUUGGAAUUCUUUAAAAGUCUAGUCAAAUUUA